AUGACGCCCAGUUCCCCAGAUGAAGCUCUUCACUUUCGAGGCAAGACCCUGACUCCCGAGAGCCCUCGUCCGCUACACAUCGCGGAACCAGCCAAUAUUCCGGUGCUUCAGAAUCAAAUGGACCCCGUCUUCAACGAUACUUCGACUUAUGAAAAGUCCGAGUCUGCUUUUGAACACCGCGCCCAGCUGCAUGCUAAUUUGCCGUCCCAAUAUGCCCAUUAUGCUGGGUCUGGGGGUGUGCAAGGAAACUAUGGCUCUGUGCAGGCUUCGGGACACUUCCAAACCCAAACACAAGAUUCCGCCACCCAUAUAACUCAUCACCCUUUCCCCGAUCUCCCUCCCUCUGCCCCCCAUGCUUCUCAAAGCAUUCCCAUUGCGAGCGAAAUAGACCAUGCAGCCUCCUCCUGGGCAGCUUCGUCGGCUCUACAGGAUCGCUUAGACACCCGCAACAAGUCACAUAACACUGGUGAGGAUGGUGUGGAUUUCCAGAACCUCCUCGAUAAUCUCCCCCCUUCCUCCACUGCCGCUCCUUCUGCCCCUGCAGUAUCUGAGGCGGUUCCUUUCGGAGAUGCCUCUGCGGACCCUCAAGCAACUGAUGAAGCUAUCCAAUCUUCCCUGGGCUUGCCUCCUCGUCCCCCACCCCAGGAGAAGCCUUCCAUCCAUCCCAAUUAUAACCCCAGCGAUGAUAUCCGCUCGUAUCAUCAACUCCCCCCUCAUGCGUCUAACGCCCAACCCUCCUACACUGCCCAGCAAAGUAAUUACCAGUCUAACCCCGCACUCCCUUCCUUGACAGCUGCCGGUGCUCCAGGGACCACCUCAGGCGUCAGUAGCCUGCCCCCUCCCCCCGUGGCUAGUUUCCAGCAGUCCCCGCCGGCGGAGGCGCAGGCACCUUCCUCCCCCGUGUCCAAUAAAGCUGGGCGCGUGGAUAAACAACAGGUUCGGCAAUCUAAAAGCGCCGAUGAUGAUGCCCCUUGGGGACCAGACGUACAAAAGAAAUAUGACGAGUUUCUGCAUGACGAGAGGGUAUAUGUCACAGAAGGGCUCUGGGAUCGUUUCCCAGCGGGAUCCAGGUUGUUUGUCGGCAACCUUCCAACCGAACGAGUGACCAAGCGAGAUCUGUAUCAUAUCUUUCACAAGUACGGGAAACUAGCGCAGAUAUCUAUCAAGCAGGCAUACGGCUUCAUACAAUUUCUGGAGGCCCCAGCCUGCAAGCAAGCGCUCGAUGUAGAGCAAGGAGCUGUGGUGAGAGGCCGCAAAGUUCACCUUGAAAUAUCCAAGCCACAGAGAAAUACGAGACCUGGUCCAGCUCCUGCGGAACCUUCCCGUGCUCCACCGGCGAGGCGUUCGAGGUCUCCCGAAUACAGCAGAGGGGGCCCGCCGAGCAGUCGCAACCCUAGAGCUCCUACGGAUCGCUACGAUCGACCAUACGAAUCUCCGAGAGUUCCAUUUAGCGAUUUCAGAGAUGAGCCUACUCACCGUAGGCGCGAUGACUAUCGGCCUCCGCCCCGAUCCCCGUCCCCGCGUGGCUUCCGCGGAAGGGACGGAUACCGGUCCCGGGAUAGAACCCCAGAGCGGUACGAUCGACGGGAACGACGCCGGUCCCGGUCCCCCUAUGCAAGGGACCGAAGAUACCGCACCCCCAGUCCACGGGCCCGCGGAUAUGAAGGUGAUGUAGAGUUGCCAGUGCCCAGACGGGCCCCAAGAGAUGUCCCAGAGGUGCAAAUUCUCGUCUUGGAGGAGGUCGACCGAAACUUUAUCUUCCAUGUGGAAAAUGCAUUCCGCAAUAGAGGUCUUCGAGUCGACGUUUUGGUGUUGGGUCCCCGAAUCCCGCUGAAUGCAGCCGUUCAGCGGCAGAUCAGCGAAGGUGUGCUGGCAGUGGUGAGGCUCGCCCGUCCAAACCAGUUCUCCAGGAAGAUUCCUCUGCAGGUAUUCGAUCGAAGCGGGGGUGCAGACAACGUUCGAUUUAAUGAGUAUCCCGAUGUUGAGCCGAAUAUUGCCGCUGAGAUCGUCUUCCACGCGCAGUCAGUGCAGCGUGGCGCGCCUCCUACUCCAUUUCCUCCCAACCCAGCCUUUGGGGUUCCUCCCCUGGCGCCGCCGCCUAUGCCGCAGGCCCCAUUGCCAGCUCUUUCUAAUCCCCCCAACAUCGCCAACCUAAUCACAUCCCUCGACGGACCUACUCUCCAGUCUCUUUUGGGUGCGCUCCAGCAGCGGCAAUCAGCCGUCCCAACUGCGCAACAACCAUUUUCUACCACAGCAUCAACACCCAAUGCAGGUGCUGAUCUCGCCAGCCUUCUGAGUGCAGCCACACGACAGCCUGUUCCCGCCAACCCACAACAACCUCUCCCUCCGCAACCGUUCCCAAUCCAAGCACCUAAUGCUCCAGUAGUGUCUGAUCCCAACUUAAUUUCACUGCUAGCCAAGGGCUUGGGAGGGCAGCAGGCGCAAAAUCAGGCAACCGUUGGUCCUCAUGUACAGAACAUCAUGAAUCAAUUGGGCAAAUGGAAGCAAUGAUUUAUGACUCGUCUUCUUUAUUUUCUAUCUUUCUUCAUUGACAUAUUUUCUCCGGAGCUCUAUCAUCUUUUACAGAACAUCAUGGGGCAUGGCGUUAAUUUGAUCGAUCGGUUGAGGUAUUUCUAAGGCAUGGGGUUUCAGCCAUCGGAAACGAUCAUAUGGCCUGGUUGUCGAUUUUGAUUUAUGUUUUCCUUCGGUUAUUACGCUGUAACUGCGACAGGAGUGCAAUGGUUUUCUUUUUUCGUUUCUAUUCUUAUAAUCUCUCGACACCUGGACAAAUAGAUCAUGGGAAUACGGUGUCUUUUAUCUAUGUCGCGGUGUUGAUUAUAUGGUUUUCUCCGACGGUUACUUGUGAUACACUAGGGCGCAUAGCGGUCAGCUGGAGUAAUGACAAAGAUGAAUAAUACUAACAUUGAGUAUGUGAUGAUCUAAA